GACGAUUCUAUGCAAAUCGAAAAAAGCAGCGGCGGCGUAAAGACUACGGCAAUCAUCGUUCACUUCUAAUAUAAAAAAGUGUGUAUAUUUGUUGUAAAAAUUUGAUAAAUUAAACGAGAAAUAGAACCGAAAUUGGGAAAUAAAUCAGUGGACUCUUCUGUAUCAAACAUUAAAAACAUAUAAGUGUUUAAAAGGAGUCCGCAACAAUUUCCUUUGUCUAGAUAAAAUUUUGUGGAAACCAAAAAAGAAGAAAAAAAAAACACAAAGAACUAACCCACUCGGAGAUAAUUUUUACACAAUGUCCGAACGUGAAAAUAAUGUUUACAAGGCUAAAUUGGCCGAACAAGCAGAGCGUUACGAUGAAAUGGUUGAGGCCAUGAAAAAGGUUGCCUCCAUGGAUGUGGAAUUAACCGUUGAGGAGCGUAACUUAUUAUCGGUAGCCUAUAAGAAUGUAAUUGGAGCCCGACGUGCCUCUUGGCGUAUUAUUACUUCCAUCGAGCAGAAGGAAGAAAAUAAGGGAGCCGAAGAAAAGCUCGAGAUGAUUAAAACUUAUCGAGGCCAAGUAGAAAAAGAACUACGCGAAAUAUGUUCGGAUAUACUGAAUGUUCUUGAAAAACAUCUCAUUCCAUGUGCCACAACCGGCGAAAGCAAAGUAUUUUAUUACAAAAUGAAAGGAGAUUAUCAUCGUUAUUUGGCUGAGUUCGCUACCGGUUCGGACCGCAAAGAUGCUGCCGAAAAUUCAUUGAUUGCAUAUAAAGCAGCCAGCGAUAUUGCCAUGAAUGAUCUGCCGCCGACACAUCCCAUACGUUUGGGGCUGGCUCUUAAUUUUUCGGUAUUUUAUUAUGAAAUUCUCAACUCGCCUGAUCGCGCUUGCCGAUUGGCGAAAGCAGCUUUUGAUGAUGCCAUUGCCGAAUUGGAUACCUUAAGCGAAGAGAGCUACAAAGACUCUACCCUAAUUAUGCAACUGUUAAGGGAUAAUCUGACAUUAUGGACGUCCGAUAUGCAAGCCGAUGGUGAUGGCGAACAAAAAGAACAAAUUCAAGAUGUCGAGGAUCAAGAUGUGUCGUAAUUUAAGUAAACUCCCCCAACUCCACAAACCUUCAAAUAAAACAAAAUAAUACUGUAUGCAUUUCUUACUUUUAAAAAAUUGUGCUCCUAUUACGAUUACUGCUCCUUUUUAUUUCUCUCUCUCUCUCUCUCUCUUUCUCAAUCUUUGUCUUGCUAUUUUCUUUGUCCUUCUUAAACAAAAUUUUCUUUAAUUUCGGCCACAACCAAACCAAAUCACAACCAAACGCCCACCACCUACUGCUACGGCUGUUGGCCUAAUCCUCAACAAGCAGCGUUUUAAUAAUAGUAAUAACAACAAUAACAAGAAAAAGAACAAGCAGCAUAUUUUUUUUGUGUAGAAACUACAUCCAUUCAAAUGUAUAUCAGUUGCUAAUCUCCUUACCCACUUCACCCAUUUCUCAAUUUAAUACCGAUUAGUUGCUACCUCUCACAGAUGUUUGUUUUUCCAAAUUCGUUAUUAAUUUCGAAACCUUGUUGCCCAAGUCUCUAAUCACCAUCAAACACGCCCAUAUUUCAAUGUGUGAAAAUUUUU